CUUUGUUGGUCGUCGUUCACCUCUUGACACUCAACCUCCAACACAUUCACCACCAUUACCUACCGCAGUCGAAGAAAUGACCAUCUCACUUUCACUUUCAUUUCCUCAUCUAUACACAAGCAAAUCUUCGACCCAACAACGCCCGACCGUCCGCGACUCACAACCUUCAAUACAUAAACCGCCACCAACGAAGUGCCGCUAAGCCCUCGAGAGCCUUGCCCGACACGACAUCUCGUCAGUGACUAUUCGACUGUCCUGCUAAGACCGUUUCUAUCGUCUAUAUCAAGUACACUUUACCUCCUUCGACUGCAUCAGAGACCGCUUAUUUAUCAGGCCCAGCAUGUCGAGUUUGACCCCGCAGAUGGCCCGCCGCCAUCGCCACAACCAGAGCGCUGACGUUUCUUCGUCCGGAGAAGCGCCACGCAAUCCACAAAACCCUCGCUUCUACAACAAUCAAGUCCAUGCAGAUAACUCACGUUCUUCGACAAACUACGGACAACCAACGACGCCGCCCAGGACGCCGCAGAAGGCCCCAAACGGCAAGUUCGACAAGACUCCAGGGGCCAAUAUGGGUCCUGGUAACUGUGCGAAGAAUGCCGCAGUUACUUUCGCUGCUGCGAAGGCGAAGCCUAAUCAACCUUCUGGGCACCCGUCGGUGUCUAAACCCAUCUCGACUCCAAACGCGGCGGCUUAUGCGGGUCCAACCUUCCAUGCCUCCCCCGCACCAUCAGCUUUGCCUAUGCCUAGCUUCUUUUCCAAGUCGGUUCCUGAAUCACCAAGCAUCAAGAUUUCCGAUUCGAGGGCCGAUGAGACCAACUCUAGCUCCAGUGACUCAUCGCCCCCUCCUAUUGUCAAAGCUUGCAUCGCAGAACAACGGCAGAAGAAGUCUCCAUUAGACUUCUUCUUCAAUGCAGAUAGGGAAGAGAAGGCUAGAGCUCGCAGUGCCAAUUCAGCUGUAGCGCCGUUUCAACCUCCAGCCGGCCUACCACCAAAUGACUAUAGAACACCUGCCGCGAAUAACCAAGGUCGCAACAACAACCCCAAAUUUGCAGGUGGCUCCGCUAGUAGCAUGUUUGCUAUGGAAUUAGACGGCACUCCGGGGAAGCCAUAUGGCCCCGCCUUUUCCACGCCUUACAGCGAGCGAAUCAACGCUGCUCGAUCAACUCCAUCUCUUGUUAAUUCACCAUCUGCAAGUGCAUCCGAUCAACAAAAGACCACGGACCGUUCAGAAGCUCUGAAAUCAUUUUUAUUCUCCGGCCAAAAGCCAGCGUAUGCGAAUGCGAAUGGUCGUGCACCUGAACCCCCCUUUCCAGGACAGCAAUCGCCGACUCCCAACCGCGCGGCCCUACAGCUGACAUCCCCAUCAGGGCCCCGGACCAAGUCGUAUUCUUCUCCCCAGCAGCAUCGCCAGAACGGGUUCCCUUACAUCAACGAUAGAUCCGGUUACGGCAGCGCAACCAGGAAUACCUCCCGAACUUCGGGGCUUCGUCAAGAAGUUACACCCACCAAGACGCCUCCGGAGAGGAUGGAUAACUCCACCUUCCAAAACUCCCCAUCGUAUAAUUUCAAGGAGAAUUCCGCUCGCCGCCAAAUCGCAGGCAGUAACCUCGCCUCUAACAAUCAGGCACCACCUCCCAUCGCGGCGACGUCACCAUCUGUAUCUACACUAUCAUCGCACAUCAAUUACUCGGACAUACGAACCAUGGAGGACAGCCUCCGCCGCAUCCUCAAACUCGAACCCUCAGUUUCAGGUUCCGGGGUCUCCGAUUCCGGUAUCCCCGUUGCGUCUGCGUCAAGCCCGCAUUAUUAGACGUGUGUGUGCUGUGCAGGCUCCUGUUUUCGGCGGGUGGGCCCAAUAGGCAGGCGUUUUUUAUGGAAUCAACUACUUACUUUGCAUGUCGAACCACGAUCAAAUGAUAGAGAAGGGGUG